AUGAUUAAGAUUUGUAAAUAUUUUAGAGCGAUUGCUCCAGUUACGCAAUCGCUAGCAUAGUUGUACCCGGUUCGUUUCCAUCCGUAAUGUUCCGCAAGUGGUACCGUAAUGCGAUAGUGGUUCCUGUGCCCGGUAGUAUACAAGUAGCAUUGA